GUUCUCAACUGCUGUCUCCACACGUCACCCACUCAUUAGGUAUCGUUAUUGCCUUCCCAACCGGCGCAUAUAAUGGUAAUGUCGGCAGCUGCUGAGGGCACACCGCGACUUCCUUUGUCCUUUCCGUCCUUUUUCCUCUAUAAUAUUCUUCCUUCAUCCAUUCGCUGUCGACAUUAUUACUGAUUUCGCACGCAUACCUACCGGACUACCAUUCCAUUGCCUCCGCAAGGCCGAGACUUUGAGGGCAACUACUUAGUGAGGGCUUUGCCGGUGCAGUGAAGCACUCACUGCUGGUGCUCUUAUCACGAGUGCCGUGACCUUCCCGCGUUCACCGCCUGAAGGGAACAGCUAGGUACCUUCGUCACCGUUGGCUCUUCAUUACCCAAACUUCACAUUCGGGACCUUCGACUUCCUCGGCUCGCUCGCUGCAACGUUGGCAUUGAUGAGCAAACGUAUUCUCAUUCACGCGUCACUCAACCCGUUGCCCACCACCUCUGCUUCUUCAACAGGCGAGUCACCCAUUCCGACACCUGCAUCUACGCCUUCCGGCUCGCCCCAGCGAGUGCCUGCACCGCCAAUCACUGUCCUGCGGACCGCACUCAAGGACGACAUGGAGGAGGAAAUUCACAAAGACGACACCGCUGCCGCAGUUGCCACCGAUCGCCAGGAGCCUGCAGUGGCUGCUGCAGCACAGGCAGAUGAACUUCCGAAGACGGCAGCAGCUAAGAAGAAGGCAAAGUGCGUGAAGUCGAAGCACAGGAAGAAGGCGAGGUCGAAGAAGCGAGCGCAACGCAAGAAGUCCUUGCGAGACGAUUCGAGCUCAGAGAGCGCCGACGACUCGAAUGAAGACUCGGAAGACAGUUCGGACAGUUCUUCCGAAGAGGAUCAGCGUAGGAAGAAGGCAGCCAAGGUCAAACAGGCGAAGAAAGCCGCUCGAAAGCGCAGAAAGAGCAAGUCUAAGAAGGCGGACAGCGACAGCGACAGCGACGACUGUGAAAGCGAGGCAAGCGACUCAUCUUCCGAGGAUGCCACUAGUCGACGCAAAAGGAAGGUGAAGAAGGCCAAGAAAGCUGCGGUCGAUACUGAACUGGAGGAUGCUGCGACGGACGACGAUGACGAGAUCGCGGCGCUGCAAUCGGAGCUGCAAGAGCUAAGUCUCAAGAUACACGAUCUGAGAUCGACUCCCAAGUCCCCCAAGAGCGCUUUGAAGAGGCGGCGCUCCAGUGUGAAAAGCUCUUCGAGUACCAAGAGGAAAUCUAGCAGAAAGGCGGACGCGCUCGAGUACAAGCGUGUUGAUCAGCUCUGGGAUAGUACAAUUCACAAUUGGAAGGUGAAGGAGAGUGCCGAAGAUGAAGAGAGCGAGUUUGCAGAGUACGCUUUUCUGGUGCGUAGGCGAUUCGACUGGGAGAACAAGUACCAGAACACCGUGAUCGAUAUCAAAUCGAAACAGCUCCGCGCGGUCCUGGCAGAGGUGAUGAAGGAGUGCAAAAGCGUCAGUCUGGAAACCGAGGAGCCGUCGAUUGAUCCCAACUUGCUCUUCCUAUACUUGGAAGACCUCCGGAAAUUCUAUAAGAAGACUCUCAAGGGCAAGAUCAGGACGGAACGUAAGAAAAAGAACGUCAAGAAGCUCGAACAGCAAAGGGCCGUGUGCAAGACACUGGUACGCUACAUCGACGACGACUACGCGGACACCAAGAAGACGCUCUAUCCUCUCCUGGCGGCAGGCAACAUCACAUUUGACCUACUCUGGGCUCUAUUCACGCCCAACGACAUCGCUAUCACGUCCUGCUAUGGAUCGUGGGAUGAGCCUCGAUGCUUCAAAGUAGACUUCGCAAUGAAAUAUUCGACGAUGACUCGCGGCGAGUGGUACUGUGUGGAGGGCAAGUACAUGGAGUAUGACGGCAAAGGGUUUGGAUUUGGCGACUUCGAGGUUGACGUUGACGCGUUUAAGGGCCCACGGAAGAUCACCAGUCUGUCUGCUUACCCUCUCAAGUACCACAAGGAUCCGGCCGGCAUCAAGAAGCAAAUCAUUGCGCGAGGCGAAAAGUUCGUCAACAUGGAAGGCAUGCAAUACCGCUCGCACAAGGGACUUGCUUUCAUGAAAAAGAAGAAACAGGUGCUCAAGAUCAACAUCAAUGGUCGCGUGAUCGUGGAUCCAGCGACGUUCCGGAGGGUCAAUCCCAAUUACCCGAUCUCGCUCAUCAAGCCGAAGGAGGCUGAUGAUCUCUUCAGUGACUCGGAAGGCGACGAUUGCUCCUGUUGUGAUGACGGCUCCGACCAAGACGAUGCGCUUGGUGGUGGCGACAAGGAACUAGAGAGCGAAGAGUUCGGUGCGGGCGAUCAGGAUAAACCGAAGUUCAAAUACAAGUGGGUGGAAGAUGACUCGGGAGAUCCUCACUUCGUCGCUGUCGAAGUCGAUGAGAGUGGCGAACCGGUUCGCUCCCAGCAGAUUGACAGGUUGGAGAAGCGUGCUUAUACUCAAGAGCAAUUGCUCUUGGCCUCUCCGGUUGUGCUUGGUUUCGCGUUUUCCGAGAAGCUCUGGCUCGAAUUUUCAUUGUCGGGCAUACAUGAUAUCGCGUGGAACGACGACGCUUACGAUUCGCUGGUACUAUCUGGCGACAAAAAGUCCACAGUUCGUGCACUAGUCGAGAGCCACAAGUUCCAUCCGGCGAAGGCGAUUGACGAUGUCAUUCAAGGCAAAGGCAAAGGACUGGUGUUUGUCCUGCAUGGUCCUCCUGGCACAGGCAAGACUCUCACCGCAGAGUCGAUAUCAGAACUGCUGCGUUGUCCACUUUAUAUUGUCUCUGCAGGCGAGUUGGGCACUGACCCAGCUCGACUGGAACAGGAGCUCCAGAAGAUAUUGGACAUUGCGCAUUCAUGGGGUGCUCUGCUUCUACUCGACGAAGCCGACGUGUUCCUGGAGAAGCGUGAAGUUCAUGACAUUCAUCGCAACGCUCUAGUCUCCAUCUUCUUGCGCCUGCUCGAGUACUUCCAAGGGAUCCUAUUCUUGACGACCAACCGCGUAGAGACGUUCGACGACGCCUUCCAGUCGCGUAUUCACGUUGCCUUGCGAUAUGACGAAUUGACUGGCAAGGCCAGGAAGGAGAUCUGGAAGAACUUCAUCGAUCGCGUGCGCAAGCAUGGAGAGCUGAACGACUCGAGCGAUACCAAAGAUGUCAUUGGUGUGGAGCAGUUCUCCGAGGAGGACUUUGUUGCCCUUUCUCGACAUCGCCUCAACGGGAGACAGAUCAAGAAUAUGGCACGCACCGCGCAGGCUCUAGCGAUCAAUGAAGGACAGAAAUUGACCAUGGGGCAUAUCAAGCGCGUGCUCGAUGUCGCCGAGACGUUUGAUCGCGAUUUGAAAGGCGGAGUGGGUUACUUGGAUGCCAUGAGGAGUUAUACUUGAGAGAGCCUAUGCAUUCUCUUUGGGAGUGCUUCGCGCGCUGUCACUAUCAUCGACAGAAGAAGGUAUUACUUUCUUAUUCUUUUUAUGGGACGGUACAACUCUCAGCUCUUAGCUCUCCGCUCUCAUUUCUUAGUUGUGGAGGGGGGCUCAGGGCAAACAUGGAAGUAUUAGGUACAACACACACGGCAGACUUACAGCUAGCUAGGUAUAGACCAGACAGUAUAGUAUACGAAACACACAGGACAACGGCUUCAGGAUACAUUUACCCUAUCUCGUAUAAGGUAAAGUACCUAGCUAGAUAGACCUCUUUAGGGCUUGCUUUACUACUACGAAU